CCAGUUCCCAUCCGCCCGAGAUGUCCGCCAACGCCACUACCACCUCCGACUUCGAUUUCGAUUGCAUUGUCGUCGGCUCGGGCCAUGCAGGCAGUUGUGCAGCCCUCGCUGCUCACGACGCCGGCUGCAAGCGCGUCCUCAUCGUCGACAAAUGCCCCCCGGAAUGGGUCGGGGGUAACGGUUACUUCACCGCCGGUGCCCAUCGCACGGUGCACGGCGGUCUGCAGGACCUCCUUCCUAUCGUGACGAACGUAUCACCUGACGCGGCGAAGAACAUCGACAUGGAUCCGUACACCGCCGAUGACUUCACGCGCGAUAUCAUGCGCCUCGGAGAGGGCCGACCAGACCCGCAGGUCGUGAAAGCCGUCGUAGAUGGCUCGCGCGAUGCAGUGGGGUGGCUCCGGGAGCGCGUCGGCGUCCCGUUUAUCUUCUCAUUCCACCGGCAGGCUUAUCUCGUCAACGGACGGCAGGUCUUCUGGGGAGGUCUGGCACUCGGCGUCGAUCAUGACGGCGGGAAGGGCCUCAUUGCCGCCCACGGGGCUGCGCUCGAGGCUGCCGGGAUAGAGACGUGGUUCGACACUCCCGCGACCGAGAUCGCAGUAGAGGGAGGAUCCAUCGUUGGUCUCGUCGUUUCCCGAGGUGGCAAAGCGAAGACCCUGCGCUCGCCCGCGGUCGUUCUCGCAUGUGGAGGUUUCGAGUCAAGCCGUGCCUUGCGGUCGCAAUACCUGGGACCGGACUGGGAACGGGCGAAGGUCCGCGGUACUCCGUACAACACAGGAGACGGGCUAUUGCUCGCCCAACGCGUUGGCGCGCGGUUGACGGGCGAUUUCAAGGGUUGCCAUUCGACUUGCUGGGAUGCGAAUGCUCCUGAUGACCGCGGGGACCGGGUGCUCAGUAACCAGUUCACGAAGUCCGGCUACCCGCUUGGGCUGAUGCUUAAUGCUCGCGGCGUGCGCUUCGUUGACGAGGGCGAAGACUUCCGCAACUAUACGUACGCCAAGUUCGGUCGCGAGAUCAUGGCCCAGCCGGGCGGUUACGCGUUCCAGGUGUACGAUAGCACCGUCGUUCCUUGGCUGCGCAAGGAGGAGUAUGCGGAUGAUGUCGUCGAGAAGAUCUGGGCCGACACCAUCGAGGAGCUCGCCGCGAAGCUCCUCGAGAAGGGACUGGAGGACAAGGACGCAUUCGUCCAUUCGAUCACACGGUACAACGAUGCUACCCGCGCGUUCAAGGCGGAGAAGGCAGACGCACGGUGGGACCCCGCGGUGAAGGACGGCGUUUCGACACAGUCAAGCAGCCUCAAGCUUGACCUCCCCAAGUCGAACUGGGCGCUCCCACUCGAGAAUGGCCCCUUCCUCGCUGUCAAGGUGACUUGCGGGAUUACCUUCACUUUCGGUGGUCUGGCGAUUGACCCAGAGACCGCCGGGGUCAUUUCCGGCGCUACGGGAAAGCCUAUUCGAGGGCUUUUCUGCACUGGCGAGCUGGUGGGCGGACUGUUCUACAGCAACUACCCGGGUGGAAGUGGGUUGACUGGCGGCGCGGUGUUCGGAAGGAAGGCUGGUCAGGAGGCGGCCAAGCUUGCGAAGGAGGCCGCGUAGUGCAUUCCAGCCACUGUAUAUCUAUAUCUCUAUGCGCCAUUGUAAUCUCUGUACGAGCGUUAGCAUAGGUGAUCACCGCCUCACAAUCGUGUUGCC